AAAAUGAGAUAAAAAGAAAAGGAAAAGAAAACUACCACAAAAAACAGUAGUAGUCGUAGUAGUAGUGGUAGUAGUAGUAGUAGUAGUAGUGGUGAUGGAGGUGGUGGUGGUGGUGAUGAUGGUGGUAAUGGUGGUGGUGGAUGCUGCUGUUGACCGAUUGGCACUCUUGGCAGGGACUCUGCGUACCUUCCAGCAACAUGCCUGCGAUGGAACCACCCUCGCGCUCGCCUGCCCAACAAACACCACAAUUGACGUCGCCUUUGCUCGCUACGGCCGCCCACGCACCACCCACGCCCACUCCGAUUCUCUGGGCGUGGGUGGGGGCGAUGGGGAUGCUGUGGGGGCCGUGGGGGGCGCUGGGGGGCCGGUUAAUGAAAGGGAUCCCUGCCCCCCGCUGCCUCGGUCACAUCCUCAUGCAAGUUUGGGUGUGAGCCGAGGCUGUGAGUACCCGGAUAAGGUUAAUUACAACACCAUUCAGCUCGUGGUCAGCCGAUGUCAGCACCAGCAGCAGUGUUCUAUCGAGGUGGCGCCCCAUACGUUUAGCCCCACCGACCCUUGCCCCGACACGAGAAAGUAUAUCGAGGUGGCCUACAAGUGUCGACCCAAAACGUUCAUCAACAAGGUGGUGUGUGAGGGCGGUCAGCUGUCGGUGGGCUGUGACAAGGAAGCGAGGCUGGCUAUCUACAGCGUGCUCUUUGGAAGGUCCCGAACCGGCUCCUUCACGUGUCCGCAACCCGAGGGAGUGGCGGAGGAAGAGUGCCAAGCGAGCUAUGCCAACGAGAUCGUGAUGAGACAGUGCCAUGGACAGAGGGAGUGCCACCUGGAAGCAUCCCCGGAGGUCUUUGGCAACCCCUGCUCUCCUCAGUCAAAUGUGUACAUGAAGACUGUGUACACGUGUGUGCCAAAGAAAAUACUCAAACAAACACAGGAUGAGGAAGGAGGAGGAGGAGGAAGAGAAGACACAGAAGGAGAUGAAGGAAGAGGAGGAGGAGGAAGAGGGAGGAAAGGGGGCCACGAGGAGGGCAGUCUACGCUCCCCCGCCGCCCCUGGCCCCUCCCCCUCCUCGCCCACCCCCCCACGCCCCCACCAGCACAACCUCCUCACCUCAACCACCAGUUUCUACAACCCCACCGUCACCACCUGGCUCUCGGACCGUAAAAGCGAUGAGAGAGACAGAGGAGGAGGAGGAGGAGGACGAGAAGGAGGAGGAGACGGAUGGGGCAGAGAAGGCGUCGGCGAUAGAGGAAGAGAAGGAGGAGGGAGAGAAGAAAUCGGAGGAGGAGGAAGAGAAGACAUCGGAGGAGGAGAAGGAGGAGGAGGAGGAGGGUCAUCGCAGUGGCCGCCCCCCCAGCACCCCGCCGGCGCCCCCUCACCCCCCCUGCAGCCUGAACUCAUCAACUGUACGGUAACCAUCCUCGCGGGAGCCCAGGGGAGGGAGAUCGGCUUCCUCACCGAGUGGAUGCGCGCGGUGGCCUUCGUCAAGAGUAAUUUUGAGAAGUUCCUGCUGUACCUGCUGCUGGGGCUGUGCGCGGGCCUGGUGAUGUUCCUGGUGGUGGUGGUGGGGCAGCUGUUAUGGGAGAGGCGGAGAGCCAAGCGAGCGGCCAAGACUAUGCACGACCCACUCACCUCAGUCUUUGCCGCAGACAUAGAUGACAUAGAUGCGGACCUGGACUUGGAUGGGACGGGCAUGGGAGGCGGAGGAGGAGGAAGCAGUUUGGGGAUAUCAGGGCUCGGGGUGAUGGUUGCUGGGGGAGGCGGGGGCGGGGUCGGCGCGGGUGGCUCUCUCCCCCGCACCUCGUCCCCCCACGACCCCUCACGCGCCCAGCACCGAGAGGUCAUGCGUUACAAUGCGUAUUCGACGUAUGGGGGAAGGAGUCGGUCGGGGGAGGAUGGAGAUGGGAACCCACUCAGUCUAACCCGGACUAAUAAUAACCAAUUGUUUUAUAGUUAGUUAGAUUUAGAGAGAGUGAGUGAGAGAGAGAGUCAGUGAGAGAGUGAGUAAGAGUUAAAGUGAGUAACUGCUUAGGAAUUAGAGAAA